AUGCUUUUCCGGCAUCAAACAGCCAUUUUUGGACUCUUUUUGCUCAGAGCUUCGCUCAUCAUUGCUUGGGAGCAUGUCUCAGGGGAGGAGCUCAGGCAGACAGUGGAAGCAGGAGACUCGGUGUUGGUCGCAUUUGUCAAGCCCGAGGAAGAAGCCAGUGCUGCUCUUGAGAACGAGUGGCUGUCCGCCGCAGAUCUUCUUGCCAGCAGGGCUGAAGCAAGCCAGAUCCAGGCUGAACUCCUAAGUAGAAGCGCCCAGAUCGUUCAGCCAAUUUCGGACUCUGUUGUUCUCUCGGAGUUUCAAAAGACGACGUCAUUCGUCGCAUACCUUGGCGAAGAUGCACAGAGCGCAUCUGUCUUUGAGGAUAUCGCCUGGUCUUACCCCGAGUAUGGCUUCAAAUUUGGAGCGGUGAUAGACGACAAGAUUUCCCAAGAGGGGGGAUUCAGAAUCGAGGAGAGGCCUGUUGUAGUGGGGUAUAAGGAUGGGACCAAGGCCGUUUUCACAGGAAAGGGCAAACAGUUGGGCCCCGAAGAGCUGAGGAAAUGGAUUGAACUGUAUCUUCAGAGGGAGACCGUUAAGAAGAGAGAAGAGCGCGAAUCAACAAAGGUGGCUACCCUGGGGAAACCGAGAGCGAGCUUGCCUGUCGAGAGGGAUGAGAAAGUAGAGCUAUGA